AUGGCAAGCAUCCAAGAAGUCUUCACUCACUUCAAUGUUGCUCAGGAAAACAUCGAAAGACUUGAUCAUUUUGUCGACAUUAUCAAGUCGCAAUCAAAUCUUAACAAAUCAAUGACAGUUUUAGAUUUUGGUUGCGAGAAAGGUUUCCUCGGAUUAAAGCUUAUUGAUGAUGCCAAGAAGAUUGCUUUUCUUGAUCCAGAUCCAAAUGCAAUUUCUAUCGCAGAAGAAUCUCUUAAGAUGAUGGGCAAAACAAACUAUGAAAUCAUCAAUAAGGUUGUAGAAGAAUACAAUGGUUCAAAGUUUGAUCUAGUUUACGCAUCCGUUUCCUUACAUUACGUUCCAGAUGUUAAAUCUGCCCUUACAAAGAUAAAAUCACUACUCAACCCCGAUGGAAAACUUGUUAUCAUCGAGAUCUACCACAAACACUUCCCACAAAUUCCAAAAGAUAAGCAUUUGCCACACCACGGUUUCACUCCAGAAAGUUUAACAGAGGUUGUUACAGAACUUGGAUUCAAAGAUCCACAAUGGAAGGAUUGUGGCUCAUUUAAGCAUGGUGGCCAUGAUCUUCCAAUCUUUUACUUGACAGCCCAUAUAUAA